AAUCGCAUAUAGCAUCCAUUGCAGGAACCAGCACGCGACAGGCAGUCUCCGUGGAGCAGUGCUGUGGGCAACAGCAGCGGGCCUGAACAUUGUUUUUACGCUUUUUAACCAGUUUUAUCGCGUGUGUCCUACAGUUUUAGAUAGCUCUUUACAAUGCCGUCCAGGACGUCCCUGUCUCUGCCAGACGAUAUCAGGAAAAGGCUGCAGACGCUGGACAAGGACGGAGUUUCAGAUGAGGAUCAUGUGAAAGAAAAGCUCAGCUUGGUGCAGGAUUUUCUACAUGUUGAUGCUCAAGACCAGCUGACCAGCCUGGAGGAAAAAAUGAAAAGCUCAGAAAUCUCAAUGGAGGUAUAUAUCUCUAAGGUGAAAGCCUUGCUGGGAAAAGAGCUUCAUGUUGAAAAUGGCUCACAUGUUGAUGGCGUUGAGCAGAAUGGAAAGACGAAUGGCUACACAAAUGGUUCCCACAAAGAUCAAGAUGAAGAUGUAUCCAUGGGCGUAGACGAAGAAGAGGAAGCUGUUAAGUCACCCACUGCUACAAAAGGGAAGGGUGGACGCAGAAGCAAGGCAAACUCUGACACAAAAAAGUCUCCAGCCAGUACCAGGGUUACAAGGAACAGUGGAAAGCAGCCAACCAUCAUGUCAAUGUUCUCCAAAGUUCAAAAGCGUAAGUCAGAAGACUUGAAUGGAGAAGCUGUGAAUGGUCAAAAUGAUCAGAAGGAAGAAGAAGAGACAGAAGAGUCUCGGGAGGAGAAACGUCUCAAAGUGGAGUCUGAUGAUAAGACUGCUCCAGAGGAAAUUAAGAGUGAGAUUGUGAAACCCGUUUCUACAGCAAAGACGCCACCCCCCAAAUGUCAAGACUGCAGACAAUAUUUGGAUGACUCAGACCUCAAGUUCUUUCAAGGGGAUCCUGAUAAUGCGCUGGAUGAGCCAGAGAUGUUGACAGAUGAGCGCCUCUCUCUCUUUGACUCAAACGAGGACGGAUUUGAGAGCUAUGAUGACCUGCCACAGCACAAGAUCACAAACUUCAGUGUUUAUGACAAGCGUGGCCAUCUUUGUCCAUUUGACUCUGGACUUAUUGAGAAGAACAUUGAGCUUUACUUCAGCUGUGUUGUCAAACCCAUCUAUGAUGACAACCCUUGCUUGGAUGGUGGUGUUCCUGCCAAAAAGCUUGGCCCCAUCAAUGCCUGGUGGAUCACUGGUUUUGACGGUGGAGAAAAGGCCUUAAUUGGUUUCACAACAGCAUUUGCAGAUUACAUCUUGAUGCAUCCCAGUGAGGAGUAUGCUCCCAUCUUUGCACUGAUGCAAGAGAAGAUCUACAUGAGCAAGAUAGUGGUUGAAUUUCUCCAGAAGAAUCCUGACGUGUCCUAUGAGGACCUUCUCAACAAGAUUGAGACAACUGUUCCUCCUGCAGGGCUCAAUUUCAACUGCUUCACAGAAGACACGCUGCUGCGCCAUGCCCAGUUUGUGGUGGAGCAGGUGGAGAGCUACGAUGAGGCCGGUGACUCGGAUGAGCAACCCAUCAUUGUUACUCCCUGCAUGAGAGACCUGAUCAAGCUUGCAGGAGUCACUUUAGGAAAGAGCAUGCUGCUGUACUGGAGGGCAGCCAGAAGACAAGCUAUUCGCCACCCAACAAAGAUAGAAAAGGACAGUAAGGGACCAACAAAAGCAACCACUACCACACUGGUUUACCAGAUAUUCGAUACCUUCUUCUCAGAUCAGAUUGAGCAAAAUGAUAAAGAAAGUGGAGCCAAAAGACAGCGCUGUGGUGUCUGUGAGGUUUGCCAGUCACCUGAUUGUGGCAAGUGUGCAGCCUGCAAGGACAUGAUCAAAUUUGGAGGAAGUGGCAAAAGCAAGCAAGCUUGUAAACAGAGAAGAUGCCCAAACCUUGCCGUAAAGGAGGCUGAAGAUGAUGAAAACAUCGAGGAGGAAGAUAUUCCAGUGGAGAAGCCCAAAAAGGUUUCUCAUGCUAAGAGGAAGAAGCAAACGGAGUGCAAACUUUCCUGGAUCGGAGAGCCUGUUGAGACUGUAGGAAAGAAGCAGUACUACAAGAAGGUCUCUGUGAAUGAUGAAGUGCUGGAGGUGGGAGACUGUGUCUCACUGUCUUCAGAGGAUCCAUCCAUUCCUCUGUAUCUGGCUAGGAUCACAUCGUUGUGGGAAGACAAUAAUGGGAAGAUGUUCCAUGCCCACUGGUUCCUUCGUGGGAUUCACACCGUUCUUGGAGAGUCUUCUGAUCCACUGGAGCUUGUCAUUGUGGAUGAGUGUGAAGACAUGCUGCUCAAUUAUGUCCAAGGCAAAGUGAAUGUCAUGUAUAAAGCCCCAUCUAACAACUGGUUUAUGGAGGGUGGCAUGGAUAACGACCUCAAGGUAAUCGAGGAUGAUGGGAAGAGUUUCUUCUAUCAGUUCUGGUACGACACCGAGUUUGCUCGAUUUGAGACGCCCCCCAAGACCUCUGCAUCAGAAGACUGCAAGUUCAGGUUCUGUGGAAGCUGUGUCAGGACUAAAGAGAGACAGGAACAAGAAGAGCCUCGCGUAUUUGAUCCCCUGGAGGACGAAGAUCGUGAUAACAAGUCUCUGUAUGCUACAGUCUGCUAUAAGGGCGAGCAGUUCAAGGUGGGAGACGGCGUCUACCUGCCUCCUGACGCCUUUAAUUUCAGCAUGAAACCAGCCAGUCCAGUGAAGCGCUCCCAUAGAAAAGAAGAUGUGGAUGAGGAUCUGUAUCCUGAGUAUUACCGGAAGUCUUCAGACUACAUCAAGGGCUCAAACCUGGACGCUCCACAGCCUUUCCGCGUUGGCCGCAUCAAGGAGAUCUUCUGUCACAGGCGCAGCAACGGCAAACCCGACACUUCAGAGGUCAAACUGCGACUCUACAAGUUCUACAGGCCUGAGAACACUCACAAAGGUGUCAAAGCUACUUACCACACAGACAUCAAUCAGCUGUACUGGAGCGAUGAAGAAGUGACGGUCAACAUGACUGAGGUGAUCGGACACUGCCAAGUAGAAUACGCAGAAGACCUGAAUGAAUCGGUCCAGGACUAUUCCAGUGGUGGACCUGAUCGUUUCUAUUUCCUGGAGGCUUAUAAUGCUAAAUCAAAAAGCUUCGAGGAUCCUCCAAAUCAUGCCCGCUCUGCUGUCCAUAAAGGGAAAGGAAAGGGCAAAGGAAAAGGUAAAGGCAAAGGGAAGUCAUCGGCUGCACAGGAACAACAGGACUCUAAUUUAGAGCCACAGAAACCUAAAGUUCCCAAAUAUCGCACACUGGAUGUGUUCUCUGGCUGCGGUGGACUUUCUGAAGGCUUCCACCAGGCUGGUAUCUCUGAGACUCUCUGGGCCAUAGAGAUGUGGGAACCUGCAGCGCAGGCCUUCAGGCUCAACAACCCCGGCACCACGGUGUUCACAGAGGACUGCAACGUCUUGCUUAAGUUGGUCAUGUCUGGCGAGAAGACGAAUUCUCUCGGCCAGAAGUUGCCUCAGAAGGGUGACGUUGAGAUGCUGUGCGGAGGCCCUCCUUGUCAAGGGUUCAGUGGGAUGAACCGCUUCAACUCUCGCACUUAUUCCAAGUUCAAGAACUCACUUGUGGUCUCCUAUCUUAGUUACUGUGAUUACUACAGACCCAAGUUCUUCCUGCUUGAGAAUGUGAGGAACUUUGUCUCAUUCAAAAACUCCAUGGUCCUGAAGCUGACUCUACGCUGUCUGGUGCGAAUGGGCUACCAGUGUACCUUCGGUGUCCUUCAGGCCGGCCAGUACGGCGUGGCCCAGACCCGCCGCAGGGCAAUCAUCCUCGCUGCAGCUCCUGGAGAAAAGCUGCCGCGCUACCCCGAACCUCUGCACGUGUUCGCUCCCAGAGCUUGCUCUCUGAGCGUGGUGGUGGACGAAAAGAAAUACGUCAGUAAUGUCACACGAGGUAAUGGUGGAAUCUACAGAACCAUCACUGUCAGGGACACCAUGUCUGAUCUGCCUGAGAUUCGCAACGGUGCAGCUGCUUUGGAGAUUUCAUACAAUGGAGAACCACAGUCUUGGUUCCAGAGACAGAUCAGAGGCACGCAGUAUCAGCCCAUCCUCAAAGAUCAUAUCUGCAAGGACAUGAGCGCCCUUGUCGAGGGUCGCAUGCGUCACAUCCCUCUGGCUCCAGGCUCCGACUGGAGGGAUCUGCCCAACAUCGAGGUUCGUCUCAAAGACGGCACCAUGACCAAGAAACUGCGCUACACACACUCUGAUAAAAAGAACGGACGCAGCAGCACGGGUGCUCUCAGAGGUGUUUGCACUUGUGCAGGAGGGAAGCCGUGCGACCCUGCAGACAGGCAGUUCAACACCCUGAUCCCCUGGUGUCUGCCCCACACUGGGAACCGCCACAAUCACUGGGCCGGACUCUAUGGCCGCUUGGAGUGGGACGGAUUCUUCAGCACAACCGUCACUAAUCCUGAGCCCAUGGGCAAACAGGGCCGUGUUCUGCAUCCUGAACAGCACAGAGUGGUCAGUGUGAGGGAGUGUGCGCGCUCUCAGGGAUUCCCCGACACCUACCGCUUCUUUGGAAACAUCCUGGAUAAACACAGACAGGUUGGAAAUGCUGUGCCGCCUCCACUCUCCAGGGCCAUAGGUCUGGAGAUAAAGAAGUGUGUAUUGGAGAGAAUGAAGGAAGAACAAGCGACAGAGAGCAUCAAACAAGAGAAGAUGGAUGUCUCCGAUUAGUUCUUCAUUCCCUUUCCAGCAAGAAUCAGUUUUUAUAAAUCCUGAUGCUUUAUGUUGGGAAAUUUCUUUUAAACAAGUAAUCUUUCAACUGAGUCACUAAGUGGCCAUUACGGACAUUCUGUGUAGUACCAUUCCAUGCUGACUUUUAAAUGUGCUUUUAAUCUUGUUGUUAAAUGUUCAUCUAAUGUGGGACACAUUGUAGUUUUUAUAUGUAAUAUUUCAAAUAAAGCUCUUAUCAAAUCAUAUUUGAUGUAAUUAAAAUUCUUAAAUGAAAAA